UUCAGAGCUGCACAAACUUUUAAUUUGGAGUGAAUUUUUGGCAUCAGCAGGGGCACGGCCUAGGGAGAGCGUUGCCCGGUUGCGUAGCAACGAGCACAACGCGGAAACCAGCAAGGUCCUCCACGAUUGGUUCUAACGGUGGAGCGGGCGCAGCUUAGUAUGCGGUUUGCUGAUUGGUGGCUCCGAGCCUUUUCCUGUCAGCUGAUUGGCGGGUGGUGCCGAGGCCGCGCGGGAGGCGGGAAGGUCGGACGCUGACAGAGCUGUCGCCUCAGUUAAACCUGAAAUAAACAGGAGAAAGCAGCAAUGUCUUCUGACGUGUCACAAUAUACUAUUGGGGGAGUGAAGAUUUUGUUCCCUUGCAAGGCUUACCCUUCACAGCUUGCUAUGAUGAAUGCUAUCGUUAAGGGCUUAAAUAACAGGCAGCACUGCUUGUUGGAGAGCCCCACAGGAAGUGGCAAAAGCUUGGCAUUACUUUGUUCUGCAUUAUCAUGGCAGCAGGCUCUGUAUGAGAAAUCACUGCUGAAAUCAUCAUGUGAAAAGGAGGACAGAAAGGAGCCAGCAGCCUCCCCACCGUGUUGCUGUGUUUGUCAUUCCCUAUCCAAGAGCAGCGAGGAGGCUGCAGGAGCGAGUCAUGGUGCUGCGUGUUCCAGUAAUCAUGAAACAGGAGGCUCUGUAAAAACUGGAGGCCAACAAACAGACGCAGAAUGCAAGGAAAACAAUACCCUAGCUUCAAAAUUGUCUGCCAAAAAAAGGGCAUCUGUAUGUGGAAACGAGAGCGAUGACUUUCAAGUAGACAGGAAGAGGAUUCGUCCUUUAGAAACAGAGCAGCAGGUUAGAAAACGUCAUUGCUUUUCAAAAGAGGUGCAGCUGGUUGAUGCUUUAGAAGUUUAUAAUCAGAGAAAAAAUGGGGAGCUGGUUGUUCACUCUGAAAAAAGUGUAAAAAACACUUCUCCCAAAACGCUUUCCAUCCCUUGCACAGAGUGUUCCUGUUCCUCUGGAAAAGAAACUCGUAAAGAUGCUGGUAACACAAAGAAGAAAGCAAAUGGAGAUCAGACGUUCAUUCCCAAAAUAUUUUUUGGAACGCGCACGCACAAACAAAUUGCCCAGAUUAGCAGGGAGUUGCAGAGGACAGCGUAUUCCGGUGUCUCUAUGACGAUUCUCUCCAGCCGGGACUACAGCUGUAUUCACCCGGUGGUGUCCAGUAGUAGUAGCAACAGGAAUGAACUGUGUGUAGAAUUACUGGAAGGAAAGCAUGGCAAGUCCUGUCUUUACUAUCAUGGUGUUCAUAAACUCACUGAACACUAUGCCCUGCACUCUGCACAUAACACAUACCAGGCUUGGGACAUUGAGGAUCUAGUGAGCCUGGGAAAGAAACUUCGUGCCUGUCCAUACUUUGCAGCCAGAGAACUCAUGGUGGGGGCAGAUAUUGUAUUUUGUCCUUAUAACUACCUCCUAGAUCCACAGAUAAGGGAGAGUAUGGAAAUUAACCUGAAAGGCCAGGUAGUCAUUUUGGAUGAAGCCCAUAAUAUUGAGGACAGUGCUCGGGAGGCAGUGAGCUACAGUGUUACAGAAAGUCAGCUGAAUGCUGCUCGAGAAGAGCUAGAUUUCAUGGUCAAUAACAACAUCAGACAGAAGGAUCAUGAGCACCUACGAGCUGUGUGCUACUCUUUGACAAACUGGCUACGGGCAAGCUCUAGUCAGCUGGUAGAAACAGGGUAUGAAACCUCCUGUAAGGUUUGGAGUGGAAAAGAAAUGCUCAACCAUUUUCACGAAAUGGGAAUAACCAAUAUUAGUUUUCCCAUUUUACAGAAACACCUUUCUGCUGUCUUGGAAAAAGAAGAAAAAAUAUCAAUGUUUGGUAAAGAGGAGCUUGUUGAGAUACCUAUCGUGAGCUCUGCCACUCAGAUUGUGCUGAAAGGGUUAUUCAUGGUUCUUCUGUAUCUUUUUAAAGAUAACAGCAGGUUUGCAGAUGAUUACAGAGUUGCUUUGCAACAAACUUACGCUUGGACAAAUGAAAACCAACCUGAUGUUUCAGAUACAAGUGCUUUCCUUGCAAAGACCAAACAUAAAAAGAAUUUGCGACAUAAAACUGCAGUCCACAUGCUUAAUUUUUGGUGCUUGAAUCCUGCUGUGGCUUUUUCAGACCUAAAUGAUGUCAGAACAAUUGUUCUGACCUCUGGUACGCUCUCUCCAAUGGAUUCAUUUUCUUCUGAACUUGGCGUGAAGUUUUCCAUUCAGCUGGAGGCCAAUCAUGUUGUCCGGAACUCACAGGUUUGGGUUGGCACCAUUGGAGCAGGGCCGAAUGGUCGGAAGCUGUGUGCCACGUUCCAGCAUACAGAGACCUUUGAGUUCCAAGAUGAGGUGGGAGCACUUCUACUUUCAGUGUGUCAAAGAGUUGGCCAAGGAAUUCUGUGUUUUUUGCCAUCCUACAAGCUGUUGGACAAAUUGAAAGAUCGCUGGAUGCACACUGGCUUGUGGAGAAACCUGGAACUUGUUAAGACAGUCAUUGCAGAGCCUCAAGGAGGAGCAAAAAGUGACUUCGAUGAACUGCUGAAAAUAUACUACGAUGCAAUAAAAUUUAAAGGAGAAAAAGAUGGAGCACUCCUAAUAGCUGUGUGCAGAGGAAAAGUUAGUGAAGGCUUGGAUUUCUGUGAUGAGAAUGCUCGAGCUGUUAUAACCAUAGGUAUUCCGUUCCCAAAUGUGAAAGACCUUCAGGUUGAAUUAAAGAGGAAGUAUAAUGAUCAGCAUAAAACUACAAGAGGCCUUUUAUCAGGGAGCCAGUGGUAUGAAAUCCAGGCUUACAGGGCUCUGAAUCAGGCCCUGGGAAGGUGUAUAAGGCAUAGGAGUGAUUGGGGUGCCCUUAUCUUAGUUGAUGACCGCUUCCGGAAUAACCCUAACAAGUACAUAACUGGAUUAUCUAAAUGGAUUCGUCAACAAGUCCAGCAUCAUGAAAAUUUUGGUAGUGCACUUGAAUCCUUACAUGCAUUUGCUGAAAGAAACCAGAAAGGCAUUGAUUUUUCGUCACAGGGUAGCAAUGAAUUUUCCCAUGUACCUUUAAAUUCAAAAGAGCUGUCAUCAGCUUCUCAACAGGAGGCAACUAUUCACCUGUCACCAGAUGUUCCUGUUAAAACUGAGGAGCAAAGUUUGGUCCCAGGAACUCAUUUCACUACAGCCAUCGACUCAAUUAAUCCCGAACCAUCAAAUCAGCCAAGUAAUAUCACAGCAAUAAUGCAGCAAAGUGGCCAGAAAGUUGAUGUGGAGAGUCAUUCUCACAAUGCAACACAAAGAAGAAAACAUAUGGACUCCAAACCCAGAAGGCCUGCAACUAAAACAGAGAGAGAAAAAAAGAGUGAUCGGACUAAUUCUGAUUUUAUGAAAGAGCUCUGCUGCUUUAAACCACUGACUUCAACACCUUUGCCUGUAGCCACGAACUGCGUGUCCACAGCAAGCAGCAAACAAAGAAAGAAUGUGAACAGUGCUAGUGAACUUAUUGGUGGUGUAAAUCAGUGCCAGUCAUCCUUCACUUUAGAACAUAAACGAAGUAUACCAGAGUCACAUUUGGAAACAACUGAUUUUUCAGUCAAAAAUACAGAGGCUCCAGUUGCUGAGGAGCAUCUUGAUGAGCAAAAGCUUCACAUUGAGCCCAGUAGUGAGCUUCCUUCAGUAGGAGGGAAGCCUGAGCUUUCAGUGUUAGACAUGUCUGCAGAAGCUGAGGAUGAGAGCCUUUACUUCACUCCAGAGCUCUAUGAUGAUGCAGAAUCUGAGGAACAAGAAAUGAGACCACUAGAUCCAGAUGAGAAUCAGAUUGAAUGUGGAAAACCCACAGUAGCUGAUGAUCUUUUUGUAAUCAAUACCUCAAAAACACUAAGUGAGCCAAAAGCAAUUACUAAUGAUGAUGUCAGAAACACAGGUUUACUUGGAACAAUGCUGAAUGAUAUCAGUAAGAAUAGUGCAGUUAAUAUUGAAAAGAUGACUAAUGGAAAAGAAGCAGAACAGGUAGAAUCUCAAGAGGUGGACACCAAAAAACGGAAAAUCAGUCUUUCCAGAUCAAGAAAUAAAGGAUUGAAAGUUCAGAGACAGUACAGAAGACGAAAAUCUACUGUUAGGGCAAGAGGCAACACCUGUGAAAAAAAGAAGGAAAACCAACAACAGCCUUGCAAGAGAGGACUUUAUUGUAUUAUCUGCGGAGCAGAAAUACUACCAAAAGCAGAAGGCAUUUUGAGAAAAACUUGUUAUGGUGAUAUUGAGAUGAAAGUAAUCUUGAAACUCUUCAGAAGUACACAUGUAAGAAGUAAGGAAUCCAGUAAUAACUGUACAUGUGAACUAGAUGUCACUUCAGAUGAUGAUAACAUGAUGUUGGUCAUCACAGAUGUUGCAAGUCUCAGUCAUCUUAAAGAAACUUUGAAGAUUUAUCAGAUGCCAGUGAAAAGCAAAGGCACGAAUGCCAGUUUAUCCUUAAAUGCGGUUUGGAAUGAGAAGGAAUAUUCUCUGACAAGUUACUUACAGUGCAGGAACUGCCUCGUCCAGUCAAUGUCUCCGUGCCCUUUGAUAGGAGCUGAGGUUAUUCAUUUCAGCAAUAAAGCACAGUCAUGGGUCUGGCUGCUCCCAUCGUCUGUUCGUUAUUGCUUACUGCUACAGAACCCUCAAAAACGGAAAGCAGGCAAUUCAGAUUAUUCUUUAUCUUGAAAGAUUUUGCUGAUCUCUACCACAGAUUCAUCAGGACUAAUGAGACAGGCUCUUUUUAGGUCAGACUUAGGCUUGGGGCUGUGCUUUGGUGCACACUGUGCAAAGGAUGUGGUGGCUGAGCAGAAAGGACUUGGAUCCCAAAGCCUCAGGGCUUACUACCACCAGAUGCCUGAACUGAAAUCUCUCUUUUGGAGUGCAGCUCUUCUGGAAGAGAACCUGAGGAGCUGCAGCUGCGCCUUCUCUACCUGUGCCUGAGUGAAGUCCAAACUCACUGCUGGCACCAGUGCUGCUGGACUCGGUGGAACUAAUCUUGCUCAUGCCAGUAUUAAAUUUGGACAUCUACCUUAAAGAAAAACAGCCUUUGAGGUACAGAUUAGAAUACAUCAAUGGAAAACAGAACUCGUGUGUAGCCAAGUUUUCCUCACUUGCUAAUUUUUGCUUUAAUCUGAUUUGAACUGGACCGCGUUUUUCUGGACUUGGGCUGCUACUCGCUGUUAUGAUGCAGCCACCAGGUCAGAGCUGGAGCUGGAAAAGCCUUCAUGCACGUGAAGUUCUCUGCAUUCUUGAGAAGUGAAAUCUGUAGUUGUCCAGGUGGGAGCGUGCCCUCCACGGUGGCCUCAGGGCCGCCCCGCUGCGAGCAGCUGCCCUCCAUCAUCAGCCUCUCCUCGUUGGAAUGGAUUCAUCCAAAUGCAGAAGUGCCUCCUGACUUCUAAGUGUGUAUUUCAGCCUUUUGCCUUCGCCCAGUUGGGAAGCAAGGGGUGGGAAGCACAAACCCAACCCUCUGAUCACAACUGAAGCUUCAGUACUGCGCUCUUUAGUGGAAAAAGCUCCCAGCGCCACCGCUCAGCAGCACGGAGGAGGGCACAGUCCCUGCUGCAGGGCUUUUCAGGUGAAAUCAGAGAGAGAUUUGUUCAGUAAGGAGCACAGCUUCCUCCCACAUGAGUCGGCUCAGCGAUUCUCAGUGCCUCCUGGGGGCACUCUGUAAGCAAAGUCAGCACGGACAGAGUCAGCUCAAGAUAUUUCCACGGUAAGCAGUGGUAGCAACCUCUACACUGGUCAUAGAUUUUUACCUGCUUUACAAAUGGUUGUACACUGUAAAGCGUGACAGGCAAUGGGAACUCCUUCUGCUCCCACCCCACAAUUAAAGACCGCUUCUCCAUGCCUUCUUUAUGCUGAAAACAAUUCUUCCCAAGCUAGCUGCAAAAAAAAAAAAAAAAAAAAAAAAAACCAUAGCACAAAAAGCGCGUUUCAGCUGAAUGCAAAAGAAAUGAAGGACCAGCAAAUACAGAAACCCUUUCUGGAAAGUAUUAGCGACUUUUAAGCUUAAAUUUCAUAAAUAUAUUGCAAUAAGCAAGUGUGAUUUGAUCAACAGAGUCUGAAGACACUGGGUAUGUUCCUAAUGCUGCAAUUAAUUUGCUGUUUGGCCCGGGGCAUAACUCUUCACUUCUCAGUCUCCCACAGCCAUGAUCGAUGGGGGAAGAAGGGACAUUUGAGCACCGGUGCUUCUCCUCUCUGCUGUGCUGGGAAGGUCUGGACUGGCACCUCACCACUGGCAUCAGAGGAAAGGAAAUUCCUGCAGGUGGACAGAGCCUAACACGUGCUGCUACAGCAGUCCUGGAGCUACACAGCCCAACGGAUCGCUUCUUCUUUGGUUUGGGGGGUUCUGUGACGUUGCCAACCGAGUACCAUACAAACGAAGCUCGUGUUUUUCCCAAAAAGCCAAAAUUUGCUCAUGGACGUUUACUGUUACAGGCAAAAGUGAAUGACAGACGACUUCACUCGUUAGUCCAGAAGAUGGUUUCUAUCAGAUCGGUAAUGAAUUAAUUCAUUCGGAAGUGAGUCAGAGGCUGAUGGAUCCAGGAGUCGGAAUUCUCAGUGUGCCCGAGAUGGGCUCUCCCUGCACGCACGCGCCCCUGGGAAAUGCAUGCUCGUCUCACCCAAGUGCAAGUUACCCACAGGUAUAACGCUGCCUUAGCACCGUCCCGGAGCAGUAACGCAAGCUGCGGCACCGCUGGGCCCGCGGAGUCACCCGUCCGUCCAGUUCUCCACCGUCCCCAUUCCUGAAUGGUACUGCAGCGAGGACUCCCGCGACAAGGAGAAGCUUUGGGAGUAGAGGAACUCAUUGGCAGCGUUGAGGUGUGGGGAAGGCGGCUUCCUCUCACACACGGACGGGUGCACUCUUUCCCUUGGGAAAGACGAUGGGGGGACGCGCUCCCGAACCUGAGACUGGGCCAGCUGGUUGUAGACACUGAAGUGGCUGUUCCCCGGGGGCUGUGAGCCCUGCCCCGCGAUGGACGGGAGCCGCGGCAUCAUGGUGGUGGCUGUGAAAUGGGCUGGAAAGGGCUGGUAGGGCACAGUUUCCAUUGUCUGAACACUGUAGCUGGUGUAAGGUGCGACUGAAGUCCACAUAUUGCAGCUCAGCGGGGGAGGCGGAGGCGGCAAGUCAUCCACCGCCGGCACGCCUGCGAUCUCAGCCCCUGACCCAGAGUACAUGCAGGCUUCCCGUGGGGCCACCUCGCUGCAGUAGGACGGGCUCAGCAUCUGCUGCUCGUAGGGUGGUGGGGAGCGGAAGUAGUGAUCAUCACCCACUGACGAGGAGGCCUCCAGGUAGGAACGCUUGCAGGGCAGGUCCAGGUGCCGCGCGCUUUCUGCGGGAAAAGAAAAAGAGCUCAGGGAUGGGACUUCAGAACGCAGGAUUGUUCCGCUACACCACCAGUGCUCUUUUUCAGACCAUUUCAGACAACGUGCAAUACCAACAAGGUGUCGUGUUGCAAAAUAUUGGAGUAAUUCCAUCAUCCUCCCAAGCACGCUGAUGACAUUUAUCAGGCACAGAGCCUCAAUUUGCCCUCUAUGGGACAAAACCACUAACAACUGCCCAAAGAUCCAGCUUGUGAACCCUGACCCUCCAAAACACUUUGAUCACUUUGAAGAUUAAGGUCUAAGAGACACAUCCAAAACAAACUGGGAUUAUGGGUAAACUUUCAGUGCUCUUAGGCCUAUUUGCUGCAGUAUUUUUCAGUGUAAACUCGAGUUACCUCUUCUCUUCAGGCAGUGAUAGAAGAGCCCUGAAUCUCUCUGUGCUGUGAAGGUGUUGAGUGACAGAUCUUGAGUAUCUGAGGCUGCGAACUGCAUGUGAGCACCGUUCUCGUACUGGUAGUGUUGGAGGGUCUGGUGACUGCCAUGGAGCGGGUUAACAUCUGGCUUGGUGGAGAGCUGGCCAUGGCUGGACACCAACCUCUGCCUCAUGAUGCUUUUGGAAAUCACUGGGUAUUCUUUGCUGAAGAAGGCGAGAAAAAUAUUACUGGUUAGACAGCAUCAGCAUGACCAGGAGGAUGAAAUAUGAGUUUGGCUGCCCCAGCACAUCCCCAUCCAACGGCUCCACGCCUUUGCCAAGCACGAUGAGCUAACCCUCACCAUGCUCCGGGCGUGGGCAAGCAUUGCAACAGCACACGAAAUGCAUCACUCGGCUACAGGAAGAGCUUGUCGGAGGCAGGGAGGGCAUGAAAUGCCCUCAAAUACAAGAAAAUUGGAUGCCCCACAGUAUUCAACAGUUUUCUUCAAAGAGGUGCAGCACAUUGACAGUGAGACAAGGGCAAAGGGGCUGAGCAGUGCAUGCCAGACACCACAUGGCUAUGUGCAGCAGCCAAAUUCAGCCUGCUGACCCAGAGCCCUCCCAUCCAGCCUCCAACCAUACCUUUGGAGCCGUGCCACGCGCAGGUCGCUGUCGUCGCUUCCCCUGAAUCCCUUCGCAAAGGGGUUGUUCUCAAUUUUCAACUGAGUUAUCUUUAAGAGAAGGAAAGCAAGCAGAAAUCAUGUGAAAACAGAUGGGAUGAUGGGCGGAGGGGCUGAGUCCUCUGGUGCCCGGUGGGUUCCUUCAAAAGAAGAUGUUGCCACCACCUGCACUGCGCUCAGCCACCAGCCCCUGCCCAUGCACAGCAGUGACAGUGGGAGUAUUAAGUUUAUGGAGCACUUUGGGGACCUCAGGGAUGAAAGGCACCAUUGACCUCGAUAUUUUAAGGAGGUAUUAAAUAAGCGCUUUUGAGCCUUUUUGGUUAACCACGUUUGGGCAAUUGGUCAUUUUACACCAAUGUCUACAACUUUUCAAACAGGAUUCACUUUGGUGCCUAAAUACGUUCCUUUUUUUCCCCUGUCUUACCAUACCACACUCAUCCAGGCUGCCACUCUGAGCCUUUUAACUGCUUGCUAAUUGCAAAAUCUUGCAAGGACUGUGUGCCUCAAAGGAAACACAGCCAUCUGUUCAGGAGGAAGAGGCACCCAGGGAUCACCUCAAAUAGGACCGCAACCCAGUGCUGCCCUGAUCCAAUGCAUGGAAAAGAUGUGGAGAAACCCAACCCUGCAGUCAGUGCAUCGCUGUGCCACACACCCAAUGCACAGCCCCAGGCCCUUGUGUUUUGUGUUCCCCCCCCCAACAAAACACAAACACCUGGAGCCCCCCUCCUACCUUCACCUCCUAACCACAGCGCAGGCUCCUAGCUCGGUUUUAUGGUUGCAUUCCUUGUGUGCCUUGCUAAACACACAUGCUAUAAUUACUUUUUGCUGUAGAUUUAUGAGCAAGCUUUUCCCAGCCGUUAUUGGAUUUGCUCACUGUUUUGAAUGACAUCUUAGAGUUUAUUAUUAUCCAAUUCAUUAGUUCCUGGACAAUCAGGCCUUGCCAGGCUGUUGGUGCCCAGCGCUUGUCGUUCUUCCCCUUAGCUACAUCCUCUGGCCCAUCAGCCAUGCUUCGAGGUUAAUGGGCUGCAAUGGAAACUCAGCUUUUUGAGCAGUUCUGUUCCCUCCCCAAGCAAAGCUAUAGGAGCACACAGCCCAGAAUGAGCCCCUUUGGACCCCAAAGUGCCGUACCUUGUGGUUCUGGUAGGAGGUCACCGAGAUAAAGGACGUCUCUGGAAACACGUGGGUGCAGAAUGCCGUGUUCUUCGAGCCAAAAGCGUUGUUCUCAUCUGCCUUCACAAUGUGCAGCCGUGGCUGGUAUUUGUGCAUUGAAUUGAGGAUAAUCUGGAAAACAAUUGGUGCUAAAGUGAACAAUCCGAUUUUGUAAAAAAUGGCAAGUCUUGGCCACUUGACAGCUUGGUCCCACUAGCGCUAUGCUUCAGCUUUGCUUUCAGACUGUAGGGGAAAACAACAUUGUUUAGCAUGUAUAACCCAUAGCAGAGUGGGUCUCUGCUGCUCUGGCAAGUGAUGCUGUGCUGAACUUGGAGCUUUUCUGCUGAACGCUCCUUUUCUUAUUGCUAUUGGACAGAGUCAGCCUGGGUGGAAACAAAGCCGUAAAUUUUUUUCUCAGCUCACAUUGAAGCUGCAAAAUACAUAUAAUUCGCCAGCAGACUGGUCCAUAAAGCUUCCCCAUAAAAUACUUUACGGAGCUGAAAAACAGCAAAAGCAAAAAAAUAUAUAUAU